UUUAUGGCGGACGACAUGGGAUGGGCUGACGUGGGCUACCACUCCGACCACAUCCUGACCCCAAACAUUGACACAUUGGCCGCCGAUGGCGUCGUAUUAAACAAUUUCUACGUACAACCCCUUUGCAACCCAAGUAGGGGUGCCCUACUCACCGGUAGACAUCCCAUGCAUAUUGGCUUUCAACAUGAAGUACUAAUGCCUUAUAUGGCCACUGGUUUGCCCCUACACUUUAAAUUAUUACCACAAUAUCUUAAGCAUUAUAAUUAUGCCACACAUAUAGUGGGCAAAUGGCAUUUAGGUUUUAUGAACCGUGAAUACACGCCAACAUACCGGGGCUUUGACUCGCACGUGGGUUAUUGGACUAACAGGCAAUUCUAUUUCAAUCAUACCAAUUGUGACCCACAUGACCGGGUCAGUUGUGGCUCUGAUUUCCGACAUAACAUGGAUGUCAUUACAAACGCGUCGGGCGUUUAUUCAACACAUUAUUUCACCGACAGAUGCCUUCAUAUAAUCGGUUAAAAAUCCUUUGCGGGACUUCCACUCCUGUACAUAAGGUUUGGCUGGACUCCCGCAUCACUCCCACCACUCCCGCACAUACCGAUCAGUGCGGGACCUCACUCCCGCUCCCGCGCUUGCUUUGCGGGAUUCCCACUCCCGCGCCUCACUCCAUACACUGUAGUCCCACUCCCGAGCGCGGGAAUGAACACAACACAUCUGAGCCACUGUUCCUAUAUAUGCCACACCAGGCCCUACAUGUAUCGGCUAAUAAGUUCCCGGUGGAGGCGCCCCAGGAGUACAUCGAUAUGUUUGCGUACAUCGAGUCCGAUAUGAGACGAGGGUUGGCCGCCGCGGCCUACAGUAUGGACGAGUCGAUCGGUGCGGUUGUCGAGCGCCUACACUCGAAACAAAUGUUGAAAAACAGUAUAAGAGUUCCGGCGUUCAUAUGGAGUCCAUUGUUGAACAAAAGUGGUUACGUGUCCGACGCCAUGAUUCACGUGACAGACGUAUUGCCCACCAUUUUAGAUGCCGUCGAUAACAGCGCCGGCAUAUUGAAUGAACAAAUUAUUUAUGGUAAAUCUCAAUGGAGUGUACUAUCAAAUAAUGAACUCCCGGUGCGAACGGAAAUCAUACAUAAUGUCGAUUCUUUGAUUAAUAUAUCGGCCAUUCGGUGGUACGACUGGAAACUUAUUCAGAAUCCAAAACUUGUCGUAUAUGAAAGGUCGGGCCUAUGGGUGCGAACUCUGGGCUAUCAAAACAACGGUCUAAACAGGGAAUUUUUACAAUCAUUACAGUCUAAGGAUCGCGUGAAUAGUAAAUCAUAUAAAGUGUUGCGGCAAAUGAAUAGACGACCCGAUUAUGAGGUGCUGAAGGAGUCGGUGGUUGAGUGCGAACCACAUGAACCUACCGACCCGGCCAACAAUGACUGCACAACUGAGUUGUGUUUGUUUAACAUACGGCACGACCCGUGCGAAUACCAUAACCUGAUUGGGGAAACGGAUCCCCAGUUUGUGAAGUUCUUGUGGCAGAAAUUGAUUGCUUUUAACGAGACGUCUGUACCGCCGCUUACAGUCCAUAGUAUUGAUCCGCGCAGUGAUCCUAAGCUCCACAAUAAUACGUGGAUUAACUGGUUGGACAGGGAGGACAUGGGGGACAGUAUGGUUAUGACAAGAAGCGAAUUAUAA